AUCCAUUACCAUAUACUGUACCAUAGGCUUUCUCUAUAGUACAUUCAUUAGGGUUGUCUAGUAAUGAAUAGAAUGCCAUCUUCACAGGUGAAAUAUCAUGCGAUUAUGGGGAAAUGUGUCUACCUGCUCACUUUCUUUUAUGUUUCUGGACUACGCUUUCUGUCUGCAUCAGCUGUGGUCCAUUUUGUUCAGGCUGGACAAAAUACUUCCCUGUCGUGCAACCUCACAAACAGCAGAGAAAUAAUCUGGUUCCAAAUGCGCUCAGAGGAACUUGUCACCCUUAUAACUGUUACCAGGCUAUCACGUUUUCUAAAUACUGCAGCAGUUAUUAAUGAGGAAGACACGGGUCACUUUGACACAAAGGAAAACAACAGUUUGGAGAUCAUUGUGGUGACAGAAGCAGAUUUGGGAUUGUACUACUGUGCUGGUCGCUACAAUGGGACAGUGCGAUUUGGAAAAGGCAUCCGCCUGACCUUUACAGACGCAGAGGUGGCAGAGAGGGAAUUGGUGUCGUGUUGGACUCUCCUGGCCUGUGUUGCCCCAGUCUCAGUCUUGUUUGGCACCCUCUGUCUCUUUGGACUCUGUUUCCAGUCAGGUAAAACAACAUGUUUGUGCAACACCUGUGUGAACAGGAAUUCAAGUCUCAAGGAAGUGGGUCUGCAAUAUGCCAGUCUGAAGCACACUGGUAAUGCCCGCCCCGCUGAUCAGCGAGUGCCAGGAUUGGCCCAGGGGGAUGUCACCUAUGCAACAGUGGCCCAAUGUGUUCACACAGGCACAUGAUACAUCACAUGUACUUCUGACAUGGUUCUUGGAAUAUCCAUUCUUGAUGGAAAUAAGAUUGUAUUUUGAUUCAUGCAUGUAUGUGUGUCUCUGUAAAUAUUGAAAAGGCUAAUGUAAUAAUUAUUGUUAAUGUUCUCCAAAGAAUCUCAAUAAAAACAUUUUAAGGCAACAGGAUAUAGAAUUAGUUGGAUAAAAUAAUCAUAUCUUGGGUACCUUGAAAGGCGCAAAUAAAUGUACUAUAUUAUUAAAGAGCAACUUUUGUAAAAUGUAGUUGUACUGUAAUAAAACUAAAUAAAAUACGAACUGUCUGUUAAGGAGUCAAACCG